CUCAAUCUACCUGACCAGCUCCUUAUAGCUGGAUCGCACAGCCUCUCCUCUCCUUACACUCCAACCUGCUCAUCUCUCAGCUGGACAGUAAGGGCCAUUCACACCACACACUGACAACAUGCUGGGAACACUCUGCACUCUCAUCACUGUGCUCUCAUGUGUUGGAGGUCAGACACUGUUGACACAGAAACCCUCAAUGCUGAGUUUAACUAAAGGACAGACAGCAACCAUGGACUGUAACAUUGGCCCAGAGGAUACAUAUAAUAUUUACUGGUACAAACAGGUUCCAGGCAGUGCUCCUCAGUUUCUGCUGUAUUUCUACCACUCUCACAAAUCUCCCACAUAUGGAGCUGGGUUCUCCUCCAGCCGCUUUACCUCCACAGCCCAGGGUAAAACAGAUUAUCAGUUAAUAAUUAGCAAUGUGGAGGCAGGAGACUCAGCAGUGUAUUACUGCCAGAAAUGGGUGAACUCUGUGAGCGAGAGAGUAUUCGGCCAAGGCACCAAGCUGAUUGUCGCUGACUCUUCUCUUGCUGCGCCUACCCUCUCUGUCCUGCCUCCAUCCAGCGAGGAGCUGAAGACAGAUAAAGCCACGCUGGUGUGCCUGGCGCAGAUGUCUGUUGGGUUCGCUGAUGUCAGCUGGACAUCGGGCGGGACACCAGUUACCGGCGGGGUUUUUACCAGCGCAGCCGAACAGAAACCCGACAAAACCUUCGGUUUGAGCAGCUUCUUAACCAUCAAGCCCUCCGAGUGGAUUACUGACCGCGUCUUUACCUGUAAAGUCUCUGUCGGGUCUAAAACCUCAGAGAAAAGUAUCAAAAAGUCUGACUGCAGCGAGUAAACUGGCUAUUUUGUGGGGUGCUCUCGAACUGUAUUAUUUCAUUUUGGUUUCUGCAAUAACAGCUUUAACAUGCGAUAGUGUACCUAACAUUUUGGGAUGGGCUACCAAAAAACUAAAAAUAUAAAGGCUAGUAUAUCCUGAAUAAGGAUGCUUUAAUGAUUACCAUUUAUACAUAGUGAGCUGUCAAAUGUCAAGAUUCUGUGCAUUUAAUAAAGAGCAUGAAAUUAA